AUGGAGGACACUCAGCCGUAUCCCGAGGCACCGCUCCCUGGCGAACCGCCUUUGAGGGCUCAUGAUCUACGGCAGUCAGGCGAGGCGGGCCCAAGCGAAGCCCAGGCGCCUUCUAAUGUGCAGUCGACUGGCAAGGGGGGCCGCCCCAAAUCGUCGGUGUGGAAGUACUUCGAGACGGAGAGGAAGCGAGACGACAAGAGCAAGCGAGAAGACGUCCGUUGCAAGUUCUGCAGCAUAGUGAUGCCGGGGCGGGCGGAGGGCAUGGAGCGGCAUGUGGCGGUGGACUGCGCAGCCGUGGAUCCGCAGGCCAAGGCGGACAUGAGCCAGCACCUGUACAACAAGAAGAUGCAGACGCUCGAGCGCAAGGGCGUCAAACGACGCGCCGAAGGCGAGGGAGCGGCCAGCGCGGAGCCCAGCGCGCCCAUGCUCGAACAGACAUCCAUGGCCCCCCAGAUCAUGUCGCACAUGCCCCCCUACAGUGUGGCGGUGGCGGUGGCUGCGCACGGGGAGGACGUGCAGGGAAAUGGGCAGCUGCAGCAGAUCCCGCUGGGCACAUUUCAGGCGUCCGUCCCCGCGGCGCCGGCGUCGGCCGCGGACAUCGUCAGCAUGCUGCAGCAGGUGGUGCGCAUGCAGCAGGAGCUCCGCGCCAUUUCCGAGAACAUCCCGCGCCGCCUGCGCAACAGCCGCGUCGCCGACGGCGCCGCCGUGCUUCGGCCGAUGUGCCGGGAACGGUAUGGUGUGAACGGGGCGGUGCCCGGGGUCUUGCCACCGCCGGGCCUCUUUCCUUGCACCUGGGGGGAGGCGAUGCGAGCUGACGCCUAUAAGAUCGAUCAGCUGGCGGCAUUCUACGGGGAGAGCUUUGGCAUUACGGCGCAGGACGGCCUGGAGGAAAAGCAAACCAAGUUUCUGGAGUGGAUUGGCGCUGUGAGGCCCUGA